AGAACAACUAAGUAACUUGUACAGAACUGAAGGCAUAGACAGAAACUCAGAAGUUUCUGAGCAGUGCGGUUGCUCUGAUGGCUAGAUUUACAGACUCCUGCCCCUCCUUGCUUAUCUCUGGCUCCUGCUAUCUGAGGGAGCCCCACCAGCCAUCAAAGAACAACUUCUCCUUUUAGAAGAGCUUCAUGGCAGGACCUCAGCUCUCGCUUCGAGUAGCCACCGUCCUGACGGGGCUACUGGAAUGCAUCGCCUUUUCUGGGCUGAUCUUUGGCUGGACCUCGCUGGUGUUCGUUCUCAAAAGUGAUCACUACUUUGAGGAUCUCUGUGAGCAGCCGGUUAAUCAGACAAGCAAUACCACAAGGCAUUCAGAAUGCAGCACUCAGGAUUCAAAAUUCUCCCUCAUCUUUACCCUGGCUUCCUUCUCAAACAACUUCAUGACAUUCCCCUUGGGCUACAUCUUUGACCGCCUUGGAACCACAGUGGCACGUCUCAUUGCUAUAUUUCUCUAUUCAGGGGCCACGCUUCUUGUAGCUGUCUCCUCUGCAGGCACAGCACCGAUGCUCUUUGCGGCCUUCCCAAUGCUCGCUGUUGGAGGCAUUUUGUUUCUGCUUACCAAUUUGCAGGUGGGGAACUUGUUUGGCAAACAUCGAUCUACCAUAAUCACUCUCUACAAUGGGGCGUUUGACUCCUCCUCUGCCAUCUUUCUCAUCAUUAAGCUUCUCUAUGAGCGGGGCCUGACACUCCAAAUCUCCUUCUUCAUCCUCUGCACCUUUAGCAUCUGGCAUCUCAUCCGUACUUUCUUCCUCAUGCCUAGGGGGCACAUACCCUUUCCAUUGCCAUCCAACUACAGCUAUGGGGCCACCUCUUUCCUCAGCAUUGACUGUUCAAGGGGAGCUGAUAGAUCCCAAGAAACAAAAGAUGAAGAAGUCAGGAAGGAAAAAGUGGAAUUAAGUCAGGAAGCCAAUGCCCCCUCCCCAGAUGUUCAGCAAGAGACAGCCAGGACUGACAAGAGUGAUCCUCGCUCUUUCCGGGGCUGUGUGCUCUCUUGGAGAUUCUUUUGGCACUUGGUCUGGUUGUCUUCGAUGCAACUAUGGCACUACCUCUUCAUUGGGACCCUCAACCCCAUGCUGAACAGUCUGGCCCGUGGAAACCAGCAUCUAGUCAGCACCUAUACAAAUGCCUUUGCCAUCACUCAGCUCUUUGGAGUGCUGUGUGCCCCCUGGAAUGGAUUCCUGUUGGAUGGCAUUAAGAAAAAAUUCCAGCAAGAGGCAAGAAAAAAAGGUUUUCCAGAGUCUAUGGCAGACCUUCACUCUACCUUCCCAUCCUUGACUGUGACAUCCUUGUUGUGCCUCAGUUUCUCCAUCUGUGCCACUAUUCCCAUUCUUAAACUCCAGUAUUUCACCUUCAUCCUGCAAGUUAUCAGUCGGUCUUUCCUGUAUGGAGGGAAUGCUGCCUUCAUCACUCUGGCCUUUCCUUCCCAACACUUUGGGAAGAUCUAUGGGACAGCCAUGAUGUUGUCAGCACUGAUCUCACUUCUGCAGUUUCCCAUCUUCAUCUUCAUCAAGGGGCCACUCCAGGGGGACCCUACUUAUGUAAACAUCGGGCUGAUACUGUUCACUCUCCUCUCUUUUGUCCAGCCCUUCCUCUUGUCUAGGCAGUGGCGACACCAGGAAAAACAAGUGUGAUGUUCUAUGCUUCUUUUAUUCCCCUUUCUUCCAGCUCAGAGAUUCAUAGUAAUGCAAUUUACUGUCUUCCCUACCCCUUCCUCUGCAUGAGUUACUACUGAGCCUUCUUACAAGCUGUGAAGGAGGGGGUAAGGAUGUACCUAGAAAGGCAUUUUCCCUAAGCUGAGGAUAUUAUCUGCCAUGGGACAGACAAGAUCAUGGCUUAUUUUUUAAAAAAUGUUUUUGCACAAAAAAUAAAAAAAAAAUGUGUGAACACCA